AUGUACCUGAAUGAAGGCACGCUCUUAAACAACGUCCGAGUGCGGUAUAGUAAAGACAAGAUAUAUGUAAGACAUUCCAGAUCAAUGGUACAUUAAUCCUAGGCCUCGAAGAUAGACCAUUCUCUUCCUGUGAGAGACAUCUGGUGGUCAUAGGCCUAGUUGCUCAUCAAGUUGUGAAAAUGUUGGUGGUUCUCAACUAGGGGAACUAGGACCCUUGGGGUACUUUGCCUAUCCGCAAGGGGUACUUGUGAAGACUCGUGAGACCAUAGAUUGGUAAAAUGCACAUGAGGGGAUACUUCAGGGUUACUCCAGGGAGAGCAAAAUGUAGUUGGUGGUACAGCAACCGAAAAAGGUUGAGAACCACUGCUCUAUCUAAUGUGAUUAUUUUUUUGUAACAACUUAUUUUUUUAAUGACUUUUUGCAACACAGACAUAUGUGGCCAACAUCUUGAUUGCGGUGAACCCUUACUAUGACAUCCCCAAACUGUACGCUCCAGAGACCAUCAAGUCUUAUCGGGGCCGGUCCCUGGGCACUCUACCACCUCACGUCUACGCCAUCGGUGAGAGCACAUAUCUCUUAUUACAACAAUGGCUGCUAUACUGCCUGGUUACUGGAGAUGAAUACAGUGUGUUUAAAGCAAUGGCUAUAUUUGAGUAACAUUUGAAUUAAGGCUAGGUGUUGUCAAAGCAUCAUAUCCAUUACAUGAUUGAUGAUGUGGUUUUUCAGCGGACAAGGCCUACCGGGACAUGAGGGUCCUGAAGAUGAGCCAGUCCAUCAUAGUGUCUGGAGAAUCUGGGGCUGGGAAGACAGAAAACACCAAGUUUGUCCUCAGGUCUGGCCUAAAGGACCACUAUAAUCUUGUUAGUUGUUACAGACAACCAUACUAAUCUUAAAGGUAGACUCAGCGAGAUGACGUUGCAUGCACAAAGGAAACACUGGGUCAAUUUCCGCAACGACUAAGAGCGCUUAAGCUCAAGGCUAAACUUCUCCUCUGUUUUGGUCCUGUAUAGGGAUGUGGCGGUCAUGACAUUUUUUCAGCCGGUAACUGUCAUGCAAAUGACUGCCGGUCUCACUGUAAUUGACCGUUAAUUAACAUAAACAUGUUUAGCAUCUCCAGGCCUCCACACAUACAAGCAGCUGAUGCGCGCCUUUGGAACAUCUACAUUUUAAAUAUAGACAAAAAUAUAUAUUUAACAUACACUUUCACAAUAAAUCCAUUAUCUAGUUCAUUUAGCAGACAAGAUCUGCUUAUAAAUCCCAUUCCAUUAUUUUAUAUUAUGAUUUUGUAGUAAGAAGAAUAUAAUUGAUCUUAGCUGAAUGACAUAGAAUGGAUAUUUUUACCAUUCCCGAACGAGUGAAGUGGCUAUUUAAAACAGGUCCUAUAUGCUAGAUUUAGUUAUUUGGCAACUUUAGUUGUGAAUGAUACAAACCUUAGAAUGUCUUAGAAAUCAAAACAUAUGAUGCGACUAUAUUUAUUUUUUGAAAAAGUUGCAAAAAAGCUUGCCUCAGGCUGCACACGCUGUUGUUCUCUCAAGUGAUCAUAUUCUCACCCAUCAAACUAUUCUCAAUUUAAUCUUGUCUUUAAUAUGUGAAAUGUAUUUAGAUUUAGAAUGGGCCAUUAUCCAAUGGGCAGGAACAGGGGCAGAGGAAAGAAGACAUGUGUAUUUGAAUAGUGAAUGGAGGCCGCUUUCCCAGUUCCUUUUUCAAUCAUGUCGGGUAGCCUACUCCGGUUUUACAGUGGAGCAAUGUGCUUAAUAUUAGCAGCUGAGAAAUGAUUAUAGUAGCAGUAGAAAGCUGGGGUCCACCCUCUUUUUAGUGGCAACUAUCAAAACCCUGCUUUCACACAGGAUUGCAUAUAGAAAUGUCUGGGCUUAUAAGAACACUUAUUUCACUCCACGCAUCAACCACUGUUUGAGGAGCAGCCAGCCUCUCACUGCGCGACAGGUGAUAUUCUGCCCAAACUCUGUAUGCCAUGGGCUCUCCAACCCUGUUCCUGCAGCCACCAAGUUAAAUCUAUUUGGGAACAUCGAUAGUAACAUGUUUUCACAACGAAACAAAUGUCAUUAAACUGUUGACAGCCCCUCUCUGCACGCUCGAGCGAGGAAAGGAAUGAAGGAGAGAGAGGAGGAGAUGGAAAUGCACGAUGGUGAGAUAGUCUGUAGCUAAAUGGAAUGUCAGCCUAUUAAUUAUGAAAAUAUAAAAAAUGCCUUAUUACUAGACUAUUCAAAAUCAAAUACAAAUUCACUAUAAUUGUAGGCUAACUAGCCUACUCAGUAAGCCACCCUGCACAAUCAAUGAACCAACAGCAUCGCCUAGGCCUUAUAGGCUCUCUCCCCCAGACACAUGGAUAAAAGUUUGGAGCGUAGCAUACGGUACCCAGUCCAUCCAGUAUGCAUAAUAAUACAGUCCAUACUCAAAGGCGAUUACUUGAGUUUGUUUAAUUUUUGUAGUACAGUGCAUUCGUAAAAUAUUCCCUUUUUCCACAUUUUGUUACGUUACAGCCUUAUUCUAAAAUUGAUUAAAUAAAAAAAGUCCUCAUCAAUCUAUACACAAUAUCCUAUAAUGACAAAUCAAAAACAGGUUUUUAGAAAUGUUUGCAAAUGUAUUACCCAAAAAAACAUUGCUAUGAUACUCAAAAUUGAGCUCAAGUGCAUCCUGUUUCCAUUGAUCAUCCUUGAUGUUUCUACAACUUGAUUGGAGUCCACCUGUGGUAAAUUCAAUUGAUUGGACAUAUAAUUUGGAAAGGCACACACCUGUCUAUAUAAGGUCCCACAGUUGACAGUGCAUGUCAGAGCAAAAACCAAGCCAUGAGGUCGAAGGAAUUGUCCGUAGAGCUCCGAGACAGGAUUGUGUCGAGGCACAGAUCUGGGGAAGGGUACCAAAAGAUUUCUGCAGCAUUGAAGGUCCCCAAGAACACAGUGGCUGCCAUCAUUCAUGAAUGGAAAAAGUUUGGAACCACCAAGACUCUUCCUAGAGCUGGCCGCCCGGCCAAACUGAGCAAUCGGGGGAGAAGGGCCUUGGUCAGGGAGGUGACCAAAAACCCCAUGGUCACUUGGUUAGAGCUCCAGAGUUCCUCUGUGGAGAUGGGAGAACCUUCCAGAAGGACAACCAUCUCUGCAGCACUCCACCAAUUAGGCCUUUACGGUAGAGUGGCCAGACGGAAGCCACUCCUCAGUAAAAGGCACAUGACAGCCUGCUUGGCAUUUGCCAAAAGGAACCUAAAGGACUCUCAGACCAUGAGAAACAAGACUAUUUGGUCUGAUAACUCUUUGGCCUGAAUUCCAAGCGUCACGUCUGGAGGAAACCUGGCACCAUCCCAUCGGUGAAGCAUGGUGGUGGCAGCAUCAUGCUGUGGGGAUGUUUUUAAGCAGCACGGACUGGGAGACUAGUCAGGAUCGAGGCAAAGAUGAACGGAGCAAAGUACAGAGAGAUCCUAGAUGAAAACCUGCUCCAGAGCACUCAGGACCUCAGACUGUGGCAAAGGUUCACCUUCCAACAGGACAACCACCCUAAGCACACAGCCAAGACAAUGCAGGAGUGGCUUUGGGACAAGUCUCUAAAUGUCUUUGAGUGGCCCAGCCAGAGCCCGGACUUUAACCCAAUCUAACAUCUCUGGAGAGAUCUGAAAAUAGCUGUGCAGCGACGCUCCCCAUCCAACCUGACAGAGCUUGAGAGGAUCUGCAGACAAGAAUGGGAGAAACUCCCAAAAUACAGGUGUGCCGAGCUUAUAGCGUCAUACCCAAGAAGAGUCAAGAUUGUAAUUGCUGCCAAAGGUGCUUCAACAAAGUACUGAGUAAAGGGUCUGAAUACUUAUGUAAAUGUGAUAUAUCUUUAUUUUUUAUUUUUAAUACAUUUGCAAACAUUUCUAAAAACCUGUUUUUGCUUUGUCAUUAUGGGGUAUUGUGUGUAGAUUAAUGAGGGGGGGGGGAAACAAUCAAUUUUGGAAUAAGGCUGUAACGUAACAAAAUGUGGAAAAAGUCAAGGGGUCUGAAUACUUUCCGAAUGCACUGUAUAGGCUAGACCAAAUGUACCAAAGACAUCUUAAAUAUGUUUUUCUGCAUUGCGUAAUAUGCGGUAGGAUAUUAGUCUUUGUAUUGGAUAAUGGCACAAUCUUUAUUUUAAUUCAGGCUUUUUUUCGGGCUUGGGCUAUAGGCGUAUGCAUCAGCGCUAAUAUGGGUCUGGUUGUAUGCGGCGUCUUAAAUGUUUUGAAUUAAUAAUCACCUUUAGAAAAAGCUGUCCAUUUUCGUUGUGUUUGGAAUCGAAAUAAGAUCCACCACAACCUUUUUUCCCACUCAGUUUCAACCUGAAGUAGCACUUCUUUCUUCAAGUUGAUUGAUCACAGUAAGGUCAAACAAUGUAGCCUAACGGUUGAAUUUCAAACGCAUAAUACUGUUUUGAUAUGAUUGUUUGAUGUGAUUUUCGAUUGCAUUUGCAUUGAUGUCAGAGUGAUUAGAGCGACAAUGGAGUGCUGAGUACCAGGCCAUUAGCGACCUGACGGUUGUUAGCUAGUUGGGUACUACCAACGUAUCAGAGCUAUUAAUGUAGCCUACAGUGCGUAUAGGAGGAGAUGAAUGUGCCUCAACGUUCAGGUGGAAUUUGACUGUGGUCAUGAAUCAUGACAUCCAGUGUGGCGGUAAUAGGGUCACCAUAACAGCCCUAGUCCCAUAGCUACCACUUUGAAACAGCAUGAAGAGCACAUGCACAUAAUAAUGUGUGUGACUGUGUGAGAGAAGCAGUGCUGUUCUUUGUGAUGUCAUCUAGUUGAGUCUAUCUUUAACCAAACUUGUGUUGUGUAUAAUGACAUUGGUCGUCAAUGCAUAAGCCAUGGUUUCUGUAGUAUACCUCAUGUCCAAAAACUUAAUAUAAUAUAGCAUCGUUGUUAGUCUUCAUCUGACUUUCAUCCCAUAGAUAUUUAACAACGUCAUACGGCACCGGUGAAGAUAUUGAUGAGAGAAUUGUUGAGGGUAGGAUUUAACAUAUAACUUCACUAAUAACUUCCUAAUCAUACUUAGGCCAUCUAUAGUUGAAGAGAUCUCAAAUACUUAUUUUGUGCCUGUGAAUUUCAGCAAACCCCCUGCUUGAGGCCUUUGGAAACGCCAAGACAGUCAGGAAUAACAACAGCAGUCGUUUUGGGAAAUUUGUGGAAAUCCACUUCAAUGAAAAGGUUAGCCAUCAUUUUCUGUGGCAAAUACAAUUUCGUCAUGAUAAGGAAUUUCAGUAUUUUGGUAAAAUUCUAUGUGCGUAAGGCAUUUCAGUGUAUUGGUCUGUUUCAUUGUUGCUUCAUCGGCCCAAAUGUUCUGUGUGUAUGCAUCCUGCACCUGUGUGUGUGUGUGUGUGUGUGUGUGUGUGUGUGUGUGUGUGUGUGUAACAGAAUAAUGUGGUAGGUGGCUUUGUGUCCCACUACCUGCUGGAGAAGUCAAGGAUCUGCAUGCAGAGUAAAGAGGAGAGGAACUACCACAUCUUCUACAGGCUGUGUGCUGGAGCCUCUGAGGACAUCAGACAGAAGCUGCACCUUGACUCCCCUGACAGCUUCAGGGUCAGUCUCACACAUGCAUACACAGAGCGCAACCUAUAAUAAUAAUAAUAUGCCAUUUAGCAGACGCUUUUAUCCAAAGCGACUUACAGUCAUGCGUGCAUAAUUUUUUUUGUGUAUGGGUGGUCCCGGGGAUCGAACCCACUACCUUGGCGUUACAAGCGCCGUGCUCUACCGGCUGAGCUACAGAGGACCAUAUAGAGGACCUGUGUAUCACUGAAGGGUGUUUCCAGAGAGUGUCAAGUCUUUGCAUACCAAGUUGAGAGAAUGGAUGGCUGA